UAGAAACAUCUCGGGGCCCCAAUAUAACAACUCUCGCUCAGAGUGUGGUGGUUUUGUCCGCGCUCUAAGGAGGGCCAAUGUGUACUUCUCUAAUGGUUAACGAGGGUGGUGCUCACAAAACAGGCUUGAGAAUGGCAUGGGAUAAAGCGAGAGAGCCCCUUAUAGAAUAUUUCAAGGGUCAUCGCACCACGCAAUAACUCGCCCCAAUACUGACCUGGACUCAUUUGAAGCAGCUUGAAGAGUCAUUUGGAUAUUCUGAUCAGUGAGGUGAAGUGUGAGCGACGGCAGAUUGACGAUCUAUAGUGACACACAAUGGGUUACGCCUUUAGUAAGCACUACUAUCAGAUUACGGAUGACGAGAUCAAAACCAUCAAAAAGGAGACCGGAUUUUCGACAUCUCAAGUUAAGCGCCUCUUCAAUCGAUUCCAACACAUUGAUUGCGAUGGCCGUGGUUAUCUCUUGCGAAGUGAUUUUGAAAACAUUAACGAGGUUGCCUUGAAUCCUAUGGGAGACAAAUUGACUGACCUGUUUUUCCCUGACAAUGCAACAAAAGUGCAUUUUCCAGAGUUUGCCAAACAAUUUGCAGUCUUCCGUCCCGUCAAAAUGAAUACUCCAGGUUAUGCGGUAAACUCGAGAGACGCCAAGCUCAAGUUUCUAUAUUCUCUCAUGGAUGGGAACAAAGAUGGAAAAGUGGAUCGAGAAGACGUCUAUGAAGUUUUGGAACUCAUGAUGGGGGCUAAAGUCGAUGCCGAGCAACUGAAUUUAAUCGCUGCCAGAGUCAUUGAUGAAGCCGAUACGAAUCAAGAUGGUGUGAUCUCAAUUCACGAGUUCCAAAAGAUCACGGAAGAGCUGGAAGUAGGGGUGAAGAUGUCUUUCAUUUCGUUCCGCUGAAGACCUAGGUAGGGACUUUUAGGCACCGAAAUGCAUUCAGACCAUGAAGUCGAUAGGAGACAUAUUUUACAUGGAAUGUGUUGCAAUAAAAGGAUUGAUUUCAUUUGA